AAAAGUUGGCAGGUAUGCAAUAAGUAUUUUUUUUUCAUUCCUUAAAUUUAUUUCAUGCAUUCUAAAACGCAUUAUCGUGUUUACAUGUACUCAUUUAUUUAACUUAAUUUAGUUUUAUUUCCCUAAUAUAUUCUGAAUGGAUUCCUUUAUAGUUUUUCAUUCAAUAGGUAGACGGAUAACAUACUUUAAUAAUGUAUAAUUUAUUUUAUAAGAGGAGAAAAAAAAUCUAAACAAUAAACUUACGUACGCUUGGAGUGUGUUGGCCCACUAUAUCUACAUCAGAGGGCAUAUUUGCUAUGAUUUCGACUGCUAUGAGGUCGUCCAUCAUUUCCUGACUACUAUCCUCAUCGCUGCUUGACAACAAUCUUAUUCUUUUUCUCCCAUAUCCUCUUAUAGGCGAAUAAUCACAGGUAGAGGAUCUCCUUUUUCUCCCUGUAGAUUCUGAUGUGGGGCAGGGAUACUCUUGACUUCAGUUCCUGAAAUGGGGAAGAGAUAUAAAUAAAUAAAGGAGGUACUAUAUAUAUAUAUAGAGAGAGAGAGAGAAAAUUAUUUAUAUAAAUAGGAAUAUAUGCUAUUACGAUGAAUUAGAAUAAUCUGAGUGGUUGAGGGUCCGACGCUACAUUACUUAUUAACAUCUCCCCAUUCAGUUUUGAAAAAAAGUCUGAAUUUAUGUAGUUUAAAAUGUGGGUGUUUAUGCUCACAAAGUAUUGACUCAACUGAUUUAAAUCAAUGCUUAAAAUGGCUAUAUCUUCAGAGCUUAAAAGUUUAUGCUCGUUAUUGAAUGUCAUGCAUUCGUGUCCAAGUUGAUUCGCGUAAUAUUCAGCACAUCCAAAGCACUGGAAUACGGUGUUCACAUUCGCCUCGAUGUGCGCUAUAAAUAACUCCAACAGUGAGGUAGUGAGCGCAUCCACAACAUCUGAGAGUUCCAAGGAAGUUGGUGUUUUUUCACUUCAUUCAGCACAGCGCUGGGAAACACAUUUGUAUAUAGAAGUAAGAGGGUAGAGGAUACGAUCUUUUUUUGUAGAUCGAGGUCACUCGAGAGUUUCACAAACUCUUGUUCUGAUAGUACACACAUUGAUGUGCAAAAUAGUCUAGUAAAGUCUCUUUUUUUGUAGAACCUUUGCAAAGUAACAUGGGUUCCGAUGUCAAGAUCUGCUUUCGAAAUGAACAGGCUAUCGUUGAGAAUAACGGGAUCUCCCGCCAUCACUAGUUCCUUGUAAUCCCUUGACUUUUUUAAGAAGGCUGUCUAGAGAGGAGUCAGUGUAGUACCUUUCCUCGUUGGAAUCAAAUUUCCUUUUUCCCCCAGCAGAUAUUCUCUCACAUGUAUGAGUACAGUGUUGGAAAAAUACGUGACUGCCACAUAGUUCAAUCCACUAUGAUGGUAAUGGUGAUUUGGUAAAGUGAAGGCUUCCGCGGCAGUUGUUGAUGCAGGAGCUGGGGUACUGGCACUUUCUAACAUCGUAUCGAAAGAACGUUUCAUCUCAGACUAAAAGGAAAUAGUGUCGGCUCUAAAAAGAACUUUUUGGAAAUAAUAUUGACUUCUGAACUGGUAGAGCUUUUCAAGCGCUCUUCGUCCAAUCAGAGCUUAACACACAUGCGAUUAAAACGAGUUAUCCCUAUCGAAAAUUCAUUUUAUAGUCUGAUGAUACGUUUACUUAAUAUUUUUAACCUUAUGUUGAUGUCACCGCUAAUUUAUCAUUAUUCUCAGAAACUUUCUUAAUCACAAGAAUUUUAACAGAAAUGUCAAUGCAUGCUUGCCAAUUUUAACGGAUUAUCCGUAAAAUGUACGGAUUUACGCCUAAUUUUACGGGCCUACGGAUUAACCUGAAAUUUAUACGGAUCCCCCGUUUUUAACGUUGCGCGAUUAGUGCAUCGGCAAAAUUCCGCGAUUAUCAGCUGCUACGGAGCUAGAGUAAAACUAUUUGUAAAGGGGGAAAACAGAAAAAAUGACACGAGUUUUCCGAUAUAUUCCAAAGCAACACGGUAACCACACACCCCUUAUAAGUGGCUUAUCCUCGUAGCCAUAGUAACGGCACGUUCACGUGUAAACCAGUUGAUUGGUUAUUCUCCUUUUCUCCCUCGUAACUGCUUCCAGUCUCCUCUAGUGAAUGCGCUGUUCCCGUCAUUAUUGCCACUCCCCGUUUCAACUACGCCACUGAACUAGCCGAUCCAAACGUCGUUCUCCCUCCCUCUGUAACGAACGAAAACGGUACUGAACUGUCGACUACUACUUAGCUUGUAAUCACGCGGUGUGCGUUAAAAAUGAAACCGAAGAAAACUUAUACUGCAGAGUUUCCAUGCAUAAAAAAAUCAAACAAAGGAGAAAAGUAUGCUUAUUGUACGAUUUGUUUUUCUGACUUUCUAAUAUCGCAUGGAGGUAGAAAUGAUAUACAUCGCCACGUAACCGGACCGAAUCAUGCCAAGAACAUUGAAAACGCUGAAAAUAACCAAAGACUAAGCAAAUUUUUUAAGCCUCCUGAUAAUGUCCAAGAUGAAGUAAUGCGUGCUGAGUUAUUGUUUACCUCUUUUUUAGUUGAGCAUAAUGUUCUGCUAAAUGCCGCCAGCCAUGUGGGUCCGCUUUUUCGAAAGAUGUUUCCGAAAAGUGAAAUUGCGAAACGUUACGGAUGUGCUAAAACCAAAACUGCAUCCCUUGUCCAUGAAAUGGCUAUGGAUCGAACUUCAGAAAUUAUUAAAUAUUUGCAAGAACAAGCAUUUACUGCAGCAUGUGAUGGUAGUCACGAAGCUGAUUAUAAGUUGUACCCAGUUGUGGUGAGUUAUUUUAACGUGGAUCUUCAACGCAUUGAAAGUACUUUAUUGGCAAUCCCAAAUUUGGAAGGAAACUCCACAGGUGAAAAUAUAAGCUCCCUUCUUUUAAAUGUGUUUGCUAAAUAUGACAUUCCUUUUAGAAAUUGUAUAGCAUUCAGUGCAGAUAAUGCUUCCGUUAUGCAGGGAAAGAAAAAUGGUGUUAUUUCAUUUUUAGAAAAAGAAAAUGAGCACAUAAUAUCAAUUGGAUGCUGCUGCCAUUUAAUACAUCUUGCCUCUGAAAAAGCUGCUGCAACUUUUCCCGUUAGGAUAGAUGAAGUUUUGGUAGAUAUUUUUUACCACUUAAAAAGGAGCGUUAAUCGUAAGGACUCUCUUAAGAAAUUUCAGGAAAUGUAUGGUAAAGAAGCACAAAAAGUAGAUGAUAACGGUCAACUUUGCCCCAUCAGUUUUGCUAGCCAAAAACUGAACAAAGUGCAGCAGAACUGGGCUACAAUUGAACGUGAAGCGUAUGCUGUAAAGUCAGCACCCCAAUCUGCUAAGUUGCAACGGUGGGCUUUAGCUCUCCAAAGGUACAAUAUUCAUAUCACACACUGCCCAGGUGCUCAAUUAAAAAAUGCUGAUGGUCUAUCAAGACUAGUUUCAUAUAAGGAUGAAAUAACUCCAAGGCCCAGACGUAUUACUUUGUGGUUGCAUAAUAACCACUAUGACGUUAUAAAAAACUUGCAGGGUUUCUAUGCUUGGAAUUUUUACUGUACGAAGUGUGACAAACCCUACAAUAGAAUUGAAGAACGCUAUUACCCAAGCAGUUGUUGGACAACAGGGGAGCAUAUGGUUAAUCUGGCUGUAGCUCAAACUGCAGAAAGAGCAGAAUGUGUGUUCAAAGGAUAUAAUGCUUGUCAUGAUUUUUGUACAUGGCUGUUUGAUAAGAAGCAUAAAGGUUAUACUUCUAUAGCACACAAUAUGAAAGCGUGA